AUGUGGCGGAUAAAAUGGGUGAAAGAUUCUGAACUAGAUCGACCAACAAGUGCUGUUGAAGCUCUCGGAGAAUGCAACCAGGCCUUAUUUCCAAACAAUCAUAAACUUUUAAAGAUCUUGGCGACACUGCCUGUUUCUAAAUGCACCUCUGACUCCACAGGCCAGGAAACACUAAACGGUUUGGCGUUAAUGCUUAUCUUCAGAACGCACAUACAUGAUGACUCAAUGAUCGAAGGUAUUUCCGACGACGAGGAUUCGAUCUCUCUUACUGCUCAUGCAGAAAACCUCCAAGGAGGUGAAAAAAGCUCUAGUGAGUAUUCAAGUGAUGAUGAUGUACACCGCCACAUUUUGUGCUCCUCAGCCUUCUCAAAAAAUCGUCGGAUUUAUUGGAAGCACCUAGACGACUUCGCACCAUCUCCACCUAGAGUCUUCCUCUAG